UGGGAGGCUCUACAUGGCGCUGCUAAGCCGUGUCCUCUUUGUUUGGGGCCGCGGUCCUCGGCGGUUUUUUAGGUAUGGAACAAAAAUAUUAUAUCAAAACAAUGAAGGUUUUCAGUCUAAAUUCUUUCCACCCUUUCAAAAAGUGAUGCUACCACCAAAUAGUUUUCAAGGAAAAGUAGCAUUCAUUACUGGGGGAGGUACUGGCCUUGGUAAAGGAAUGACAACUCAUCUGUCCAGCCUAGGUGCACAGUGUGUGAUAGCCAGCCGAAAAAUUGAUGUUCUGAAAGCAACUGCAGAACAAAUUUCUUCUCAAACUGGAAAUAAGGUUCAUGCAAUUCAGUGUGAUGUGAGGGAUCCUGGUAUGGUGCAAAGCACUGUGUCAGAGCUGAUCAAAGUCGUAGGACAUCCUGAUAUUGUGAUAAACAAUGCAGCAGGGAAUUUUAUUUCUCCCACUGAAAGACUGUCUCCUAAUGCUUGGAAGACCAUAACUGACAUAGUUCUAAAUGGCACAGCCUUUGUGACACUAGAAAUUGGAAAGCAACUAAUCAAAGCACAGAAAGGAGCAUCGUUUCUUGCUAUUACAACCGUCUAUGCUGAGACUGGGUCAGGUUUUGUAGUACCAAGUGCUUCUGCCAAAGCAGGAGUGGAGGCCAUGAACAAGUCUCUUGCAGCUGAAUGGGGUAAAUAUGGAAUGAGAUUCAACGUGAUUCAACCGGGGCCUAUAAAAACCAAAGGUGCCUUUAGCCGUCUUGACCCAACUGGAGCUUUUGAAAAAGAAGUGAUUGACAGAAUUCCCUGUGGUCGGCUAGGAACUGUGGAAGAACUUGCAAAUCUUGCUGCUUUCCUUUGUAGUGAUUAUGCUUCUUGGAUUAAUGGAGCUGUAAUUCGAUUUGAUGGUGGUGAGGAAGUACUUAUUUCAGGGGAAUUCAACAGUCUGAGGAAGGUAAUGCCAUUUUGUCACCAGGGAGCAGUGGGACACAAUAGAAGGACUCAUCAGGAAGACGAAAGGCUCCUAAGACUACUCUGGCCUUCAUCUUGGUUAUAAUGGAAAUUAUACAAACUGUCUAUAAUCUUUUGAAUAUUUUCAAGUCUAAUAAAUUGUUACUUAGCAAACAUUGAGCGUGUAUUAUGUGCUAGGCCAAUGGUAGGUAUAUCUUGUAUAUUAAAAGAUAAAUAAGAUGGGCUGUUGUUCCUUUAAAGAAUUUUUUAAAAAUAAAAAGAGGAAAGUGAGUGAAGGCUUUUGAUAGAGGUGAAACGAGACUGGAAGUGCAGAGAAAGGAACAGAUAUUUGUAACCUGGAAAAAUCAGGAGAAACUUAAUGGUGAAAGUAGUAUUUGAAUUAUAUAUUAAAACUAUGUCUUUGGUGAUGGUGCCUAAAAGAAAGUAGAGGAUUUACAGUAAAUCUAAUGGACUCUGUCUUUUCAGUGUAUUUCCUUUUCAUUGGACUUAUGAAUUGUCUUCUUUGGAUAGCUCAGUAUUAAUUCAGAUAAGUUCUUGCCAGGACCUAUUUUGUAGCCAGACAUUUUAUUUGGUACUGAGAAUAAAACAUGAAUAAUCUAUAGCCUUUGCCCUCUUAAAACUCAUUAUCUAGCAGGAUAGAUAGACCUGUAAAUAAUUAUUUAUGAUUCAUUGUGAUAAAUAUUCCAGCAAUGUUAAAGUGUGGAGGGGGAAGUAAUUCAAUCUGUCUCCAGAGUUUAGAGAAAGUGACACCUAGGAGACAGCAUUCCAUCUCAGCUUUUAAAGUAUAUAUUCUCUAUGAAUUUAUGGUCACCAGGGGGUGGGGAGGUGGGGAGGGAUAGACUGGGAGUUUCAGAUUGACAUGUACACAUUGUGAUAUUUAGGAUAGAUAGCCAGCAGGGACCUUCUGUAUAGCACAGGAAGCUCUGCUCAAUAUUCUGUAAUAACCUAAAUGGGAAAAGACUUUGAAAAAGAAUAGAAAAAAAUUUUUUUUUAAUAAAUUAUUGUUAUAAAAAAAUAAAGUGUACUGGAAUAGGAAGUGCUAAAAAAGAUAAAGUAUAUAUUCUCAUGUAGAGAAGAUGAACAAAGCUCAUAAAAUAUUUUUAUGUAUAAUUUCAUUUCAUUCCAUAUUUGGUUUGACUAAUUUGUCAUCCUAAGAAUCAAAUAAUAAGAAAACCACAGUCUCAAGUGUAUAUAGCUAUAAUUUUGAGUUUAUAUUAAAAAAAGUAUUUUGCUUUCAUAGGAAUCAUUCAUUACAUGCUCACUAGACUGACUUUCCCAAUUGCCUGAAUUACCAAGAGAGGGGACCAGCUUCUAUCUUACCUCCUCUGAAUAGAUCUGAAAAGGAAUCUAGUUUUCCUGUUUGAAUUUAUAUGCUGUAAGCCUGAUAUGCAAAUCCUUAUUAUAUUGACAGUUAAUUUUGUGCAUAAGUUACAUUAAAUUGUGUACAUAAAUGGUUUAGAAUGAGUGGCCUUGACAUUUCCAAUAAUUUUGCCUUUCACUGGGGUACCAUACCCAGUCUCCAUUUUACCUUUAACACUAACCAUAGUUUUCCUCUCUUCUAUCUACAUCUUUCUUCUUUAUUUUUAAAUUAUCAAUACUCUGUGGUAUAGGAAUAAAAAGUGCCAGUAGUUAUAUAAAUUACCUUUUGUAAGUUUCAUCACUUCUUAUUUUCUUCAUGAUAAAAUUCAGGAUUAUAAUAUCUGCUUCACAGGGUUGUUAUGAGGAUUAAGUGAGAUGAAACAAUUAAAAACACCAUGUAAAUGUAAAGCACACAAAUGAAAGACAAGGCCCUCCUGUUUUUCUACUCUUUGAUUUUUAAGACAUGAUUAUCAUAGAAAAUGUGAGAAUACAAAAGAAUAAAAAAUUUAAAAACUAACUUCCUAAAGAAAACUUCUAUUAAUACUUUGGUAUAGUUAUUUUCAACCUUUUGCCUUUUUUCAUUUAAUUUUUAUUUUUUAUGAAACUAAUUUGUUUAUAUAAUUUAUAUAGGGAAGAGUACUACUGCAAUCUCUGCUCCAAAGCUAUCUUCCCAUGUAACUAUCUUCAGCUCUUUUAACCAUUUUUUUGGUUUGUAUUUUUGGGGUUUUUUUCUGGAAUAUACAUUCUUCCCCAUCCACUAAUUCUACAAAUAUAACCAUAUCCCUAUUUUUGGUUAAAUUUAUAUUCAGUGUUUACAUUUUUAUAGCUUUAUUAAUAUUGCUUUUUCCUCAAUGUUUUCUCAACUUCCCUACUUCUUUUUAACCUACUUCAUUUUAACAGUUGAGAUUAUAUGAUAAGUCAGAUCCUGUUUCUCAUAAAUAAAAGAUUUUUUUAUAUUUCAUUGUUUAUAUGUAUCAUACUUUGAUUUUUUAUUCUUAGAAUUAGUUAAAAAAAUUUUUGGUAUAGUAUAUAAAACUGUGAUGAAUAUCUUUAUGCAUAAAACAUUUUUAGAGUUUGGAAUUUUUUCUCCUGAUAGAUUCCUGGGAGUAAUAUUAUUAGUCAAAGUUGUGAAGCUUUUAGAGACUCUUGAUACACAUUUCCAAAUUGCUAUUCCUGAGAUUUGUAUGGGUUUAAAAAACCCUGAGCUAUGUGUGCUAGUGCCAAUUUCAACAAAUACCUACCAACAUGGGGUAGUUUCACUUUCAAACUAUUUGCCAAUUUCAUAAGUAAAAAUUGAUAGCUCCUUCAAACAUGUAUUUAUUUAAUCAUUAGUGAUAAUAUUUUUCUAUACUUAAUGAAUGUCCUGUUUGUCUUUUUACCUCUUAAUGGGGUAUCAUAAAAAUUUUGACUUGUCUGAGUUUGUAUACAAAUUUUUCUUCCGUUGAUCAUCUCUUAGAGUUUGCUUCAUUAUUGUAUGUUAUUACAAAUGAUGAAUGAAGAAGCAAAGCUUGCAGGCAUGGCAGGGAGGACCAGAAGAGAGAUCAUGGUAAUAUCAUUUGACUGAAAUUUCUUCCUAAGAAAAAUUUCUUAGGAAGUCUGAAAGAGAAACAAACAUUAUUGAUGGAUAGUCACUAUAUUUUAUGACACAACACCUUUGGGCAUCAAUGUUUUACCGUAAGAAUUAUUACUUUUUCACACUACUUAGUAACUUCUCCAAGAGUCCUGCUUCUAAUGCGUUAACAGAAGAGUUAAUACUCAGAAAAUUAAAGUGAGGAUUAUUGGUAACAAUAUCACUUAUCUUAGAAUUAAUGUAUGAAGACAUCCCCAGGAAAUGUUUCAGGUAAGGAGUAACAGCUAUUGUUACUUUGUUCUUGAGGAAAACUAAAGCAGUGAGAAUUUAAGUGACUUUGAAUAAUAGAAUUUUAGACCUGGAAAAGUCUUAGAAGAUAGUACUCUCAACCCCUUCAUUUUAUAGUUAAGGGAACUGAGGCUCAAGGAAGUUGUGACUUGGCCAGGGUCACAUAAUUAGUCAAGCUCAUGUCUCCUCAACUGGACCAGUUUCUUGGGAUCAUAAUUUAAACCAAGAGACAAUAAUAGGGUCUUUAUGAGAUAUAGUUCUAUUGCAAAAUCCUUCUUCAAAGGAAAAAAGCCCAUUAAUUUUUUGGAGGGAGGGUUCUUGAUCAAUUUUAUUUUGUUGUAAUUGAACAUAAAAAUAUUUAUUAGACUUUCAUAAAUUCAUUCUCAACUUCAAUCCCUUUAAUUUUCUUCUAAGGUCUUACAUUUCUCAACUGUACAGUAAAAUAAUCCUUGGAUUUGGAGACAGAAAAAUGGCGCUUAGUAUAAAAUCUCAGCCCCUUAACACUAGCAUAGGUGAUCUUGCCUCUCUACCUGAUACACUCUCCCCUCACACAGGCUCUGUCACAGCAGCUUUCUUUCUGUUCCUUAGGAUUGUUCAACCUAGGGCCUUUGCACUGGCUGCUUAUUUGUCCUAUGAAUGUACUUUUCCUUAUCUUUAUAUGGCUGGCUUCUUCAGAGAGGCUUCCCUAUAUCCCUAUUUGCACACCAUUAAUUUUUAAAAACUUUAAAGUGACCUAUGAUUUCUAAAAGUACUCAAAUCAUGAAUUUUCACAAAGUGAAUAUGCUUUUAUAAUCGCUAACCAGGUGAGAAACAAAAUAUCACCAGGAAUCCAGAAGCCUUGCUUAUGUCCCCCAUCAUGACUCCAUUUCUCUCCCUAAAACUAACCACUAUCUUGACUUGUAACCUCUAAGCUAAGCUGCUUUUGAAGUUUAUAUAAGUAGAAUUACACAACAUGUAUUCUUCUAUUGCUGGCUUACUUGCUUAUGCAUUCUCAUUGUUACAUAACAUUCCACUGUAUGAAUAUACCACAAUUUAUUUGUUCUGCUAUUGUUGGACAUUGGGUUGUUUCUAGUUUGGGCUAUGUCAAAUACAAUGCUGCUGU